AUGAUGAUGAUAAGCUGCGGUAGCAAUGGCAUCGGCUUGCAACGGUUCCUUUUCACUCCGCCUCCUCAGCAGCUGACAAGCAAAGAUAUCUGUUACUGGGGUGAAGAGCUAAGAACAUCAAUGCAAGUUCGGUGCAAAGCCGGAACAGUGCCUCUGAUGAAGCAAAGCCACAAGUUUCUCUCGUCCCUUUCUUCCCCUGCCUUUGCUGGAGAUCCCUCAGCUACAAACCGCCACAUUAAGAAGUUUGUAGCUGCUUCUCCCAAAUCAGUGUCUCUCAAUGUCCUCUCUCAUCUCCUCUCACCUCAUUCUUCACAUCCCCAUCUCUCCUUCUUUGCUCUCUCUAAAUUACUCAAGCUUCGUGGUUUGAUUGGAAUCCCAAGCUCAUUGCUGAUCUUGUUGCUCUGCUCAAUAAACAAGAAAGAUUCAACGAAUCAGAAACUCUACUCUCUACUGCAGCUUUAA